CCCCCACAUACCCCACACAGACCCCAACCACACACGGCCACAUCCACGCCCACCCGCACCUGUCUGUCCUGUCGGUGGGCAAACUGCUGACAGCGGUUGGGGCAAACAAAAACAGUUGACUUGGUGGUGGUGCGUUCGGUGGGCUGGGUGUGUGUGGGGGUGUGGUGGGAUGUGGGGGGGCCAGCAGCAGAGCAACAAAAUUCCCUCUCUCUCUCCCUCUCUCUCUCUCUCUCUCUCCGUGUCCGAUUCUCAUGAUCCCACCUGUCAAGAGAGAGUAUAUCACAGCACCACCAAGUUGCCAUCAUUCCAUUUCUCUGAGCUCGCUGAUUGUGUGUGUGUUUCUUCGGUUGGUCGGCCGAACGAAUGAAUUGGCUGCGCCCCGCCCCAAUGUUUAUAUAAGCGGAUCAGGCGCAAGCGAGAAAGGAAGAAACCAAAGCACGCAACACCAGACAGACAGACAGACAGACUGUCUAUGCAGGCAGGCAGUCACGCACACCACACCAGAUGCAGAGAUGCAGAGAUGCAGAGACAUAAUAAUGAUAGAUAAGAGAAACUCGGCAAAAGCUAUCCAGCCCACCACCCACACCACCACCCCCUCACUGCAGCAGCAGCAGCAGCAGCAUCACCUUCGAGCGCCCCCCACCCCGAGCCCCAGCGCCAGCCCCCUGCUGCCGCUCCUUCUCGACCUGCCCGACGACCGUCGUCUCCUCCGGCUGCUGCUUUUGGUGCUCAAGACGAACUCAUGGAUGGCGCUCUCAGCCAACCUCAUAGCCGACACAGACACACCCCCGUUGUGCACGGAUGUCGGCGUGGCGGAGCUGGGCAGCUCCAUCGGCAGGCUGCUCUGGGCCUCUGGGUGGGACGAGUGGGGGAGGGGCAGUGGGGGCGCGGGGGCGGAGGUGUGCUCGCUCUUGCUCCGCUGAAUGGACGACGCCGCCUCUCUCCUGACGAGUCUCUCCCCCGUGUUGUUCUGGGGGGUCCUUGGGGUGCGCUUGGCCAGCAGGUCCGCCACGCCGUUGGCCGAGAGGCCGUCCAUGAAGCUGCCGAGGUCCGUGAGAUUGGCGCUGAGCUGCAUCCUGGUGUGGAUGUGGCUGGGCGGUGUGGGGUGGGGCAGGGCCUGGUGUGUGGAGGGGCUGCUGGGGCAGGGCGAGGGGGAGGGAGAGGGGGAGGGUGAGGGAGAUGGGGAGGCGGAGGCGGAGGCCAUGUCUCUCUCGCCGUUGCCAUCCUCGCCGCCGUCAGGGCCGACACCGUCGUCCACACAAUCGCUCUUGACCGUCGAACAGGGAGAGGGCGGCGACUCGUCGAUGCUCUGCACCACACGACAAGUGAGUAACAUCCAUCCAUCCAUCCACCCUGCCCCUCUCCCUCUUUCUCACCUGACAACCAGCGGGCCGUUCCGGCGCCGGGCUGCCCUUGGCCUUGUCCACCCGCAUCGGCACGAUAAAUGGUAAGGCCGGCUCGUCGCCCCCAUAACCACCGCCCCCAGCACCGCCACAGGUGCAGACCCCCACCAUCCCAGCUGGACGGUCGUCGUCAUCCCUCUCCUCCCAGUCGCUCUCAGAGUCGGACCAACACAUGCUCGUAGCGCGCAUCGUCACGGGAUCGAUCAUCGUGCCGCCUGUGGUGUUGUUGUUGUUGUUGUUGUUAUGUGGUUGAUGAUGAUCGUGCUGGUGCUGGUGCUCGUUGUUGUGGGAUGAGGAGGGUGGGCGAGGGGGGAUGCCCCCGCAGGAAGGGCAGAAAGGAGGCGACCGGCCGUGCACUCCGACGCCUGCUGGGGGGAGCGUCGGGCGGUUGUAGAUGCUCGCCGCUGACACAGAGAGAGAGAGCGGUGUGUGUGUGUGUGUGUUUGUGUAUGGAACAAUGAGCGUACCUGCGAGGCUGUCUUCGGUAGCAUUUCUGAUGGAGACGGCGUCGCUGCUGGAGGGGACGGGCGAGGGGGAGGGGAACGGCAGGUUGGGACGGAUCCGCAGCCCCCCCAGGUCCGAGUCGUUCGGCGGCCUGUGUGACACACACACACAGGCAGGUGUGACACACAGACAGGGAGAGCUAUAGCCAUUAGCCAUUUGUGUGUGUGUGUUUGGUGUGGUGUGGCUGCGUACCAGACGACGUGGGCGUGAUGGUGCGGAUGGUGGCCGUGGUGAUGGUGCGGCUGGUGGCCAUGGUGUUGCUGUGGGUGGAGAGAGCCGUUGUUCUCUUCGUCGUUGUUGGUGAGGGUGUUGGUGAGGGGGUCGUAGGACGGCCGGUAGAAGGGCUCGCUCACCAGUGGCUGCACACCAGACACACAAUCCACACACCCACACAUCCAAACACACACACUCCCCCUCUCUCUGCCCAUUACUUACAGGCAUCGGAAUCGGUCCGUCACAGCUGCCGGUAUCGGUCACCUCACCAACUACACACACACACACACAUGGAUGGAUGGAUGGAUGGACGACCACACACGACUGACUGCAUGUACCUGUACCUACCGCUCGCAGUCUCCACACGCCGUGGGGUCGUCUGCGCCGCCUGUGCCAGCGCCUGUGCCUGUGUCUGUAAGUAUGGGCGUGGGGCUCUGACGGCCUCCAGCUGCCCCCCGAAGGGAUUGACCACCUGCACGGCCUGCGCCGAAAUCGACGAAGGCGUCAAAGCCGACUCUGCACAUACCAUCAACACACACACAGGUGUGCAUCGGCAUCGCCCGUCGCACAGACAGACAGACAGACGGACGUACCUGCCGCGGCUGCCUGUGCGUGUGGAGCGGCUGCAGCAGCAGCAGCUGCCUGUGCCGCUGCUGCCUGCUGUGCCUGCUGCGAGGUGACGGACAUCUUAGGGUUUAUGGCGUGGGGGAACAUGUGCUUGUGAGCCGACAGCACCACGUCGGGGGGGAAGCGCAGGAACGUCAGAAUGGAUGUGAUCGAGAUGAACGGCUGCACUCCAUUUAUCGCACACACACACACGAACACACACAGCGCUUCCCUUUCUCUCCCUCUCUCUCUCACUCUCCCUCUCUCUCCCUCUCUCUGUCUGUUGGGGGUGGGGGAGAGGAAUAGGUUACUUGGUCGGCCAGUAUGAGGUGCGAGCAGUUCUUGAGGAUGAUCAGAUGCCCAUUCUUGAAGCAGCUCACCACCCGCUGCACAAUACACACGCACACACACACACACGUGAUGCUCGUCUGUCUGUCUGUCUGCGUAUGUCGAUCGUCGACGUGCCUUUGCCACUUUUGCGGGACAGACGGUGUCCUCUCUCCCCCACAUAAUCAGCGACGGCCGAUCGGACGCACCGAUCUACACACACACACACACACACAGAGAGAGAGAGAGAGAGAGAGGGUUGGGAGGGAGGGAGGGAAAGAGGGAGGCAGGGAGGGAGGGAGAGACCGACACACACACAUGGGUACCUCUCUGACAACGUCUUCCUGGCUCCACAUGGGCAGCUGCGUGACACAGCCCAGAAAGGCCCCCACCACACCCUUCUUGACGAACAACUGCACACCAGACAGACAGACAGACAGACACCACCCACACGUCAUGCAAUGAUGCACCCACCCUACACACACACAUGGGUGUGUGGUUUGUUGAUGGCCACGAACCUGCCACAUCAUCCUCUGCCAGAGGGUAUCGACCACACCCGAGGUCCGCUCAGCAACAGAGAACUUCUGCAAUCACGACACGUCCACAUGCGUCAAGGUGUGUGUGUGUGUCGGUCGGUCGGUCGGUCGGUCCGCAGUGUGACGUAACUUGCCUUCUCGAAGGCCCUCUUUCUGAAGCAGCAAGGGCUUACUAGCUUGGGCAGACACCCCAUCACACAGGGACACGCCUGCAGCAGCCUGUGCCACACACACACACAGGGAUGGAUGGAUGGUAGGCGUGGUGUGUCCACUUCUCACUUGAGCGGCCCCGGCUUCUUCUCCAGGAAACCAGCUGCCAAGCCACACACCACACAACACACCAGACACAACAGACACACACACACAUAGAGAGGGAUAAGGGAUAGGUAUCUGUCUGUCGUGCGCAGUGCACGGACUUCCACCGCACCUGGUGAACAAAGGCACAGCCGCUGCACUCUAUCCGGGUACUUGUGCGUGAAGCCCACAGCGAUGCAGCACCCCAUUGAGAAGCCGAUGAGGCUCACCGGCACCUCACCCAAACCCAACUUGUCCAGCAACUCGACGGCUUGCUGCUCACACACACACGAAAGAUGCACACAGCCGGUCACACACACACACGGAGAGAGAGAGAGAGAGGGGUACCCACCUCGACAAAGAAGUCCACAGAGUAGGUCUUCUUGCGCGGCCGGUGUCUAGGCGCCGCCGACAAACCAUGGCCGUACAAAUCUACCCACACGACACACAAGACACAGCCACGAUCACACACGCAACGAAAUGCGGCCUCUUGUGUGACUCCCUGCCUGCCUGAGUGGCCACCGUACCAAAUGUGAGGACCUGGAAGCCGUACUUAGGCAGCACCUCCUGCAGGUCCGCAAACGUCAUCCUCGUGCCGUUCAAACCGUGAAAUGUCACCACCUGCACACAACACACACCAUACCACACACACACAAGUACAGGAAGGAGCAACGGACAAGCAAGCCAUACACACACACGGCAGGCACAGGCGGGUGUGUACCAUACCAUUGGGUCGCCCCUCCGACCACCGAUGUCGUAGUUGAUGGUCCCCCACUUGCCCGCCACGGUCUUGGCGACGGGGUAGGGGCACUCGAGGCCCUGCUUCUUGAGCCACCGGGGGAUCUUGUACUGCUGCUGCAGCAGCGAAGACGGCCGUUGCUGGGGUGGUGGCGAUGUGGCUGUGGCUGUGGUGGUGGGCUUGACUUGCUCGGGGGAGAUGGCCGCCACAGUGGGCGGCAUGCCGCUACCAUUGGCGCUGUUGCUGUUGUUGUUGUGCUCAGUCAUCUCUCUAUCUCUUUGCGAAUCAGGUCGGUCAGGGGAGGUCACUUCGGCUGUCUAAUCUGCGGCGUGCGGUUUUGUUGUUGUGCGUUGGUGCGAUUGUGGCGAAUGGAGGGAGGGAGAUGGAGCUCACUGCUCCGCACACAAGAUGACCGGUGCGGAGCCGCCGUCGGUGUCCAGCUCAGUCACCUGCUCCUGCGAUUUGCCGAUACCAUCUUAUGCUCGGGCGGCCGUGCAAGCAUCAUCACAGCGCUCUC